AUGGUCAACGUAACAUUAUCAUUUCCUAGAAUUACUGACAAUAAUUGGUGUAUACCACUGACCGAAUCAGUUUAUUUAUAUGGAUACUUAAUACCAGCUAUUGCAUUAUUUAUAUUUGGUCUUACAUUUAAUCCAAUAGCACUGUAUUAUUUUGCUACAUCGCUAAAUUUUCGUCGUUCUGCUUAUUCAUAUUAUUUUUCAGCAAUUGCGGUUGUUGAUCUUUUACGUCUUGCUGUUUGGUGUUCAUUCUUUUUACUUGAUUUUAAAAUAUUUAAACUGAAUUUUCAUUCUUUUGAAUGUCCGACACAAACAUUUACAGAAUCAGUGACAAGUUCAAUUAGCGCUUGGCUUACUGUUUUAUUAACAGUUGAACGCUGUUUAGUUAUUUACAAACCAUUACAAACAAUAAAUGAUACACGAAGAAAACGUACUUUAAUAGUCAUUAUUUGUGCUAUUUUUGUAUCGUGUGUUGCUAAUUCUUUGGUUUUACAACCCGGAUUUUAUGUAAAAAGAGUGUAUAGAGAACUUAGUUAUACAAUAGUAUGUCAUUAUGAACAAUCUUCAACAUCAAAUCGAACCGAUCAUAAACAAUAUUCUUUAUUUACUGCAAAUACAAAACGUAUAUAUUUAUUAAUAACAGUUAUAUUUCGUGUUGUCAUUCCAUUCGUAUUACUUCUCACAGCGAAUAUAAUACUAUUUGUUAGUGUACGUAAAACACGACGACAAUCAUUAAAAUUAACACCAAUAUCACUUACUCGUCAUGGUCAUCAUAGACAAGUAACACCAAUGAUAUUUUUUUCAUCAUGUAUUCUUCUACUAACAGUUUCACCUCGGUAUCUUCUUCAAUUUUAUUUAAAUUUUUAUCAAAAACCUCCCAAUUGUUUUUUAACACAUUUUGCUUCACAUUUAUUGAAAACUUUAGAAUUAUCUAAUUAUGCAUUUAAUGUAUUUGUUUCCAUAGUUAGUGGUAAACAUGGUCGACAUGAAUUAUUUAAAAUGUUAUUAUGUCGAUCAGUAUCAACUCAAAAAUCACGUAUUAACAAUGGUUCAAAACUAGUUCCAGUAUCAACACCUCCAUCAUUAACAUCAUCUAAAUCUCUAUAUCAACAAAGAUUUAAUUAUAGAACUGACGAAAUAAAUAAUCCAACAAAAAAACCAUUACUAUUAAUUAGAAGUCAUACCAGUCGAAAACAUUAUCCUAUAAAUAAUCAUUAUCGUUAUCAAUAG